AUGCCACUCGACCCGCAUCGAGCGACCCACCUUUGCAGGUGGUGGGCACCACACAGCGAGCAGAGGCACUGGCUGGACGGUGCCAUUCGCAGCAGCCAUUCGCGCAGAGGCUUUGGCCCCGCCGUCGAUGAUGAAGCACGAAGCGCCUUCGCCAACCUCCAGCAUGAGCCCUCUUCCCACUCCCACCUCGACCAGCUGCCCCCAGGACAGUGUCUCGCCUUCUCCCUCUACUCCCGCCAAUGGCAACAAGAACCACAGCCAGUCUUCGGCCUCGAGGCGCCACCCCGCAAGAGCACCCUCACCCAGCAGCAAAAGAACCAGAAGAGGCAGCGUGCGACGCAGGACCAGCUCACAACCCUUGAGAUGGAGUUCAACAAGAACCCUACUCCGACUGCCACUGUUCGCGAGAGGAUAGCGGAGGAGAUCAAUAUGACCGAAAGGUCUGUUCAGAUUUGGUUCCAGAACCGUCGCGCCAAGAUUAAGCUUCUGGCGAAGAAGAGCUUGGAAAGCGGCGAGGAUAUGGAUUCCAUCCCCGAGUCCAUGAGACAGUAUCUUGCGAUGCAGGCGAUGGAGUCGGGCAAAGGUCUCGGUUACUUUGGUCGCACUGGUUUGCUGCCAUAUGGACACCAGGGAAUGCUCGGUGGUGAGCAAGGCGGAACGGGCAAAGUUUUGAUUCACCAUCUCAACUGCAAGUCGCUCACUAUUGGCAAGUGGAUGCGCGUGUCCCAAAACACUAUGGAUCUCAUCAUCUUUUACUCCCCCGACAAGUGCACGAUGACCUACUACAUCAACAACGAUCAGGAAGGAUACAAGAUCGAGUAUCCCUUUUCGUACAUCAAGAACAUCUACCUCAACAAUGGUGAUGGCGAUCAUAUGGGCGGAAUCACGAUCGAGCUUCUCCAACCACCCCUCUUCUUCAUGGACGCGGUUGGCCAGGCUAGCGGCUUCUUCCAGGUCGGUGAUUUCACUGAGGAUCAGCAAGCUUCAAGCGUGCUCACCCAUCACCUUGGUGGCGGCAACCCCAAGAUGCUGAGCAGCCAGCUUGCUAAGCUUGUCAGCCUGGAGGCUUUCAUGCAUCGUCACAGCCCGAACCACAUGUUCCAGGAGAUGCACCACCCCAUGGCCCUGUCUGCGCCUGUUUCCCCAGCGCGUCCUUCUUCUCAGCCAAACUUCGCGCAGCCCCACGUUGGCAUGUUCCAGGAGAACCAAUGGGGGAUCAACGUUCAUCAGAACAACAACAUGAUGAUGCGGGGAGGACCUGGCCACAAGAGGCAGCGUAGCCGCAGUGUCCCUGGGCCGAUCGAUUUCCAGACACUCCAGAUGCUCCAGCAGCCCCCGAGCUUCCAUAUCACGCAACCUGAGCACCACCACCAGGCUCCCGUUCACAACCCCCAGAUCUUCGCUCCCAUCCCUCAGCAACCCAACAUGCUGGGUCCUCUCAACCCCAACCUGCGCAUUGAUACCCAGGCUGGCUUCGGGUCUUUGGAUAUGCGACAGUAUCCCAUGUCGGCGACGACUGCUCCUCACUCUCCGGCUGGCUUCAAUAGCCCCAACUACUUCGCGCCUCCUGACAAUGGCAACAUGGCUGGUAGCUUCACUCCUUAUAGCGCUACUUUCUCGCCCAUGAUCAACCCCUCGAGCCUCGGUGUUCCGCCCCCGUCGAUUUCUCCGCUAUCGUUCGACCACCCUGCCAUCAUGAGCGAAUCUCCGCCGAUGUCUAUGCCUCCCAUCUGCGAAGGUUCUGCGAUUUCGGAUGACGGUUCUCAACAUGACAUGUACCAGCCUGGAAAGCACAGCUACACACUUCCGAUGCACCCUCACUCGCCAUUUGCUGAGCCGAACCAAGCAGAAAUGGAGCUGAACCAGUACAUGGAUCUCAAACACUUUGACGUUGAUCCCGCUUCUCUGUCUCCUGAAAGCAUUCACCAUCAACAGUGA